UGGGGCUGGGAGCCUGGGGCCUGGAACCUGGAACCUGGCGCGGGUGGCAGGCCUCGCUUCGCGCGCGGCCGCCGGUCCUAAGGUGGCCGAUGCCCGAGGCGCCGCUGGAGAGGCUGGUGUCCUUGGUAGUCAAGCCACAUACUCCCUUAAUAAAGUUCCCAGACAGAAAAAGUAGUCCCAGACCUAAAAUACUGGAAUCUCUACAAACAAGUAUGCCAUCUCUUGGUGCUUCAAAAGCACAGGAGUCUGUAGGAGGCAGAUCACCAGGAUUUCAAAAUAUUUCACCUGUUAGUAGACUACAAGGUAUACCAGACACUUCUGAAUCAAUGAGAACCUUACCUCAGAAAUACAGACGAAAGCUAAUGUCAGAUGAAGAGAUUGAAUAUAUUCAAGUUGGGCCAGAGGCAACAGUUAUUCUGGCACACCCAAAUGGGACAAGAGAACCUGGUACCCUUCUUCUGGAUCAGAAACAUCCUGCAAGGAAUUCUUUCCUGCCGCAAUCUAAAGAAUUCCAUGCAGCAGCCUGAGGUUGAGACACCACGGUUCCAAGAUCCUGCAGGAGGUAAUAUAAAGGUAGCUCUUUUUGCUGUGUAGUAUGUAGUUUGUAUCUGUGUGUGUAUUGUGUAUCUGUCUAAGGUCAGUAAUUGCUAGCAAUCCCGGGUCAAUCCGGCAUGGGGGUGGGGGAAUUUGCUUUUGGAGUGGUUUCUCAAUGUUUUUUUCUUUCACCGCUUUUCCAACCUGCCCCAGAUCAGCUGGGGGGGAGGCGGGGCGUGCAUGUGUGUGUUUGCCACUGGUGUUUUGGUUUACAAGACAAGUGUCUGCUAGAGAAGGCAGAAAAGCCUCCCUUGGAAUGGAGAAUGUAAACCCCCUCCCUCUGAAUUAUUAGAAUUUUGAAAUUAAGGGGCUCUCAGGCAAAAAUAUGAGAACAGGAAUAACAUUUCUUUACUAGUAUGUAUAAUAAAGCAAACAAACAACAACAACUACGGCAUUAACAGCAAACAGAACCAGGAACCCAGUGACAGCCUUUUCAUCUGUGGCACUUUCCCCUUUGGUGUAGUUACUGUCACAGCCGGCAAGGGUGCUGGCAGGCUCGCGGUGGACAGGGCAGAUGCGGCGAUCCCCACAUGGCUGCAGGGGGUGCUCUGGCGCGGGCUUGGGGAGCAUAUGGCAAUGGCAGCUUGGCCGAGACGGGAAGAGAUGAAAGGCUUUGCUUCACAAACCCCUGGGGCAGCUGAUCCCGGUGCCCCUAGCAGGACUCUUGGGAGCAGCAGGCUGGAACAAAAGGGAUGAGCAGAAAUCCCAGGGCAGUGGAUGAGAAUGUAUCAACUCUUCACUGCAAUAGAUGGAACCUGUGGGAUGUCCUGGUAGGGCAGGGGGAUGAGGGGCCCAGCAGCAGAAAAAAGGUUGCCUGCUGGGUUAUGCUGGUGGCAGCGAACUCCUUUCUCCAAGCUGCAGGUCCUGAGACAGAGUGAAAAUUUAACAGGGUAGAAAUCCAUUUGGAUUUAGGUGAAAUGUGCCUCUUUGAGCUUGCUAGG